AUGGCUUUCGUGUGCAUCAACAUGACGGUGAUGCCAGUUGCAGCAAGAACGUUGGAGUCAAUGGAGGUCCCGAACAACCUCCGUGAUAAGAGAUGGGCUCCCACCGAGCUAUCAGUAGCUGACGUCAUCAGGAUGGCCUGGGAACUGCGCAUGGAUGAACUACAAAAACAAGGAAAAUUAAACAGGAAGAAAACGAGGUCUGCUAAUGUGGAGCUAGAAAGUGAAAGAUCCAAGAGGGAUCCAGAAUUUUUGGAAUAUUAUUGGGUUCCCGAAGACGUGCCGAUGAGUGACUAUCAUAACUUGAGAACAAUCGUUGUUGACCUCAUUCGUGACCAGCGUGCUCAGGAGAUUGCCAACACUCCCAGAAAUCCUGUCAACAGCAUGGGGAGAUAG